AGCCCUUGAAUGGCGAGGAAAAUCACAGUUACUUCAGGCUUCAAAGAUCACUCCGAUAAUCAAAGGUGCAGCCUCUGGUCCUGCAAUUCAACUGGUUCCCCCCAUUAAUCACAAUCACCACCACCACCAGCAGCAGCAUACAAUUGUUCCCAUUGUUACACCACCAUCACCCAACCUACCUCGUUCAGAUCUGCUUGAUGCUGAAAACAUGAACAGAGUGCCACCACCUCGUUCAGAUUUGCAUGAUGAUAGGAUGAACCACCCAAGUACAAGCUCUGAUCAUGCAAUUCCAGUCAAUCAUCAUCAGCAGCAGCAGCAGCAGAACAAUACUAUCAUUUCAAUUCCUUCCCAGCCAGUGUCACCACCAGCACCACCAGCACCGCCACCACCACCAAACCUACCUCAUUCAGAUCUAAUUCUAGGAAGUAGAGAAGAGUACAUCGAAGUUGGUGUUCCACUUUAUGAAGCAGCAAUCAAAGGAGACUGGAAGGCAGCUAAACCUUUUCUUGACAAACAACCAAAUCUGAUAUGUUUUGCUAUCACCGAAAAUUAUGAAACACUGCUUCACGUUGCAGCAUCAGCAGAAAGCACCAAGGCUGUGGAAGAAUUUGUGAAAAAUCUAGUAAAUAUGAUGGAAAAAAAGGAUUUGGAGCUACAGAAUAAAAAUUAUAAUACUGCUCUUCAUUUAGCAGCUGCAGCGGGAAAUAUAGAAACAGCAAGGACAAUGAUCAAAAAGAAUCCGGCAUUGACUGAAAUCCCUGGUAACAAUAGAACGAUGCCACUCUACAUGGCUGCUUUAUUUGCAAAACCUGAUAUGGUGAGGCAUUUGUAUGGUAUCUCUAACAAAAUGGGAGGCGAUUAUUGGUCAACUGAUAAUCGCGGUUGGGUCCUCCAAAAAUGUGUUGAAGGAGAUAUCUUUGAUGUUGCUAUACAAAUAGUUAAUGAUUGCCCCGAACUAUGUGCUAAGAAGGGCCCGUUACUUACUGACGUUCUCUUGGCUUUGGCUCAGAAGCCUAAAGCAUUUAAACGAACAAAAGCACCUGCUGUAUUCAGAAUCAUCAACUCAGUUUUUGAAUUGUUUCAUGUGAAGUUAUGGUCCAUUGAAAAAGAAAGGGAAGCACUGCAGUUAUUAAGAAUAAUUUGGAGGAAAAUUGCCAAAAUGAGUAAGACCGACAUUGAUGACAUAAUCCGAGGGACUGGUGUUACACAUACUACAAAGGAGGGGACUACAAUAAAACACCCUUCCCGAGUGCUUUUUCUUGCAGCUAAAAAGGGCAACACACCUUUUAUAAUUGAGCUAAUUCGGUUAUAUCCUGAUAUAAUAUGGAAGCAAGAUGACAAAAAAAAGACCAUAUUUCACUUGGCUGUCAAACGUCGUCAAGUAAAGACCUAUAAGCUAUUAUAUGAGAUUGGUGCAAUGAAAGAUUUAAUAACUCCUAUUAAAGACGAAAAAGACAAUAACAUGUUGCAUAUGGUUGCAAAGAGCGUUAAGCAAAAUCGAUUUCAAAAUGUGUCUGGAGUUGCUUUCCAAAUGCAAAGCGAGUUAUUAUGGUUCCAGGAGGUAGAGAAAAUGAUCCCACCUAACUAUAGGGAAAGAAAAAAUAAAGAUGGUAAAACACCACAAGAUCUGUUCACCAAGACACAUGCAGACUUGUUAAAAGAUGGAGGGGAAUGGAUGAAAAAUACUGCAUCUCAAUGUAUGGUGGUUGCAACCCUCAUAGCCACCAUUGUAUUUGCGGCGGCUUUUACACUUCCUGGUGGAUACAACGAUAACACUGGCCUUCCUUUUUUUCGCAAAGAACCAUGCCUCAUUAUUUUUGUGAUCGCGGAUGCUGUUUCUUUAAUAUGCUCAUCAACCUCAGUUCUUAUAUUCUUAUCUAUUCUCACAUCCCGAUAUGCGGAACGUGAUUUCUUGGAGUCGUUACCAAGAAAACUAGUGAAUGGUAUCGCAACACUCUUCCUCUCUAUUGUAACCAUGAUGAUUGCGUUUAGUGCCAGUUUCUUUGUACUUUACGAUAAGAAGGUGGAAUGGGUGCCAAUCACUAUCACCGGUUUGGCUGGAAUUCCGGUCAUUCUAUAUGUCACACUGCAACAUGGUCUUUUCAGGGAUGUUUUUAAGUCGGCGUAUCAAACCAGAUAUCUCUUUAAGCGCAAUAAACGUGUUCUUUACUAUUAACCCCACUGUAAUGUAAUGUAAUGUUGAUCUUCUUCCAAGUUUCAUCUACUUUAUUUAUGGACUACUUUUAUUCUUCUUUUGUCAAUUGAUGUUGAAUUGUUCGUUAAAUUGGAUCACCAACUCAAUUUCUAUUUCUAUUAUUUUGUGUUUGCAUC